AUAUUCAGGCUUAGUGGCGUGGCCGGCACAGGCAAGUCGACCAUUGCGCAGAGUGUGGCCAAGUGGUGCUCGGAGCGCGGGUACCUCGGCGCGAGCUUCUUCUGUUCUAGGGACAGCCGAGAAUGCAGUGAUGUCCAGAUGAUAUUCCCCACGAUUGCCUACCAGCUUGGUCUGUUUGUCCCCGAGUUCCAGGAGAAGACUGCGGAGGUCUUGAGGCGGGAACCCUACAUCGAGAAGACUCUUGUCUCCCAUCAAUUAAAGUGUCUAAUCGUCGAUUCUCUACGAGAGCUGCCGACAUUCCCUCCCUGCGCGGUCGUUAUUGAUGCACUGGACGAAUGCAAGGACGAUCAAGCGACACCUCUCAUUAUUCGAGCACUGUCGGAGCAUGUCUCUGGCCUAGCUCCCUUGAAGAUUUUUCUUACAAGCCGCCCUAUCCCAAAUAUUGACCACAGCUUCCGUUCAACCGGCUUGAUUAACACGACGCAGCACGUCAUCCUCCAUGAGGUGCCACCAGACACCACUGAGCGCGAUAUCGAGAUCUUUCUACGGCAGAAGAUGGCCGGUAUCCGAGAGAGAUACGCCUUGGACAGAUUAUGGCCCAUGGCAAAACAGGUGGCGCGACUAGUCAAGCUCUCGAAUAGGCUAUUCAUAUAUGCCGCUACUGUCGUACGCUUUAUCGAGGAUCCAAAUGCUAGUGACCCAAGUGGUCGUCUUCGAUUACUGCUCGAGGGUCAAGGGAUAUCGUCGACAAGUGUGGUAACCCCUUUCUUCCAGCUCGACAAGCUGUACCUGCAGGUUCUGAAGAGUGCAUAUCCGAAUGGUUCCCGAGAGCUCAAGCUGCGGUUGAAGAUUAUCCUUGGCGCACUCGUCCUCAAUCGCGAUCGUUUGUCGCUAAAUGCCAUUGACAUGCUCAUGCUCCUCGAGCGCGGAACGACGAGGACUACGCUGACUCACCUCCAGUCGGUCGUCGUGGUUCCCGAUGAUGAUAAUGCCGUCAUCCGCCUCAUUCACCCUUCGUUCCAAGACUUCCUCACUGACGGAAACCGAUGCCGCGACCCCGGUCUGCUGGUCAGUCCGGCAAUCCAGCAUAGACUCAUUGCCCAGCGGUGCCUCGAGACCAUGAUCGGCGGGCUGCGAAUGGAUAUCUGCAACAUUGGGCGGAGCGUGCCGAACUCAGAGGUGCCUAAGCUUCCGAAACUCGUAGCGGAGCACAUUUCUCCAUCUUUGCGUUACGCCAAUCUUCACUGGAUACACCAUGUCUUAUGCGGCAAAGUCGACAGCGAGCUGUUUAACUUGCUCGUUAAGUUCAUCGAAAGCUACUUGCUGAACUGGCUGGAGGUUAUGAGCCUCCUUGGAGAGCUAGGUAGCGUGGUUUCGGCAUUACAGACACUACGCGAGAGGUUACUGGAACUGCCCCUUCCGCACUCUAACAUCAUUGCCUUACUGUACGAUUGCCAACGAGCUUUACAACAGUCCUUUCCCGGCCUCAGUAUCUCAUGUCUUCAAGUUUAUUCCGGUCUCGUCCCUUUUUGUCCUACAUCAAGCAAGCUCAGAGAGCAUUACACUGGGCAAGGAAUUGGGCUUCCAAUGGUACUCAGUGGACUUUGGCAGAAUUGGGACACAAGUACUCUCGCUAUCGAGGGCCAUUCAGACACUGUAAUCGCUAUGUGUUUCUCGCCUGAUGGCCGGCGCAUUGUCUCGGCAUCUUGGGACAAGACAGUCAAGUUAUGGGAUGCUGUUACGGGCUCCCAUCUACACACCCUAGAAGGACACGAGGAUGCAAUCCGAUGCGUAGCGUUCUCCCCCAACGGCAAAUAUAUUGCUUCAGGUUCUGAUGACAAGACCAUCAUCAUUUGGGAUGCCAUUACUGGUGGCCACCUCCACACCCUGAAGGGUCACACCGAUAAUGUCAACACUGUGGACUUUUCUCUGGAUGGCGAUAUCACAGUUCUUGUCUCUGGCUCUACAGACCAUUCGAUACGGGUCUGGGACGUCGACAACGAGACCGGCUCGUUCAAGACCCUGUCUCCCGCACACAAUUCCGUUGUUACCAGCAUCAGGUUUUCCCGAACUGGAAGAUUGCUGGUUUCGGCCAGCAUAGACGGUGCAUGCAGAGUCUGGAAAUUUUCAAGCGCCUGGACGUGCAUCGCACAAGUUAACCAUCCCGAACGCAUUUUCAUACUGUCCAUCGCCGUCUCACCCGACGAAACUAUUUUUGCUUCGGGGCAGGGACACCCAGCAAAGGACAUUGUCUUGCAUUCUGCUGUCGACGGCCAUUCCAUACACACGCUGCAAGGCCAUACAUCAACGGUGUGGUCUCUCGACUUCUCUUCCGAUGGCGCUACGCUUGCCUCCGGCUCAGCAGACCGUACCAUCAUCCUGUGGGAUAUGGCGAGUGGUUCUACCCUUCGCACUUUGGAAGGACACUCCAAUGAAGUGUACGGCCUCAGAUACUCCCCUGAUGGCCAACGGAUAGCCAGCUGUGGCCGUGACCAGAGCAUCCGCGUCUGGGACCUGUUAACCCGGGGUCAUGAAUCAGGGAUGUACUAUGCUGCCGCUGAGUCUCAGCAUAUUUCGAUUGUACGCUCCGUGGCGUUCUCACCCGAUGGACGCAUCCUUGCCACCGGCUCGCAAAACAAUACAAUUCGUCUGUGGGAUGCUGCGAGCGGCGCUCAGUUGCGAGUGCUCGAAGGUCAUCAAGGCCUUGUCUCGCACCUGUCAUUCUCUCCUGAUGGAAAGAUGCUGCUCUCGUCGGAGUACAAGUCCAAAGGGUCGGAGGUUGGCGUUAUUCGUUUGUGGAGUGUGAAGAGCGGUCGUUGCGAACAGACGUUCACUGGGCACAAAGGCGGCGUACGGAUGGCGAAAUUCUUUCCGGACGGGAAACGAGUAAUCUCGUGCUCAUACGACCACAGCAUUCGUGUUUGGGAG